AACAAUGACAACAGUUGUUUGUCAGAUGGGCGAUUGAGAGGUUCGUCGUGAUGUGCUGAAGAAGUCGCAAUUGAAUGAAAGUUACGAUGAAGAUAAAGCUGUAUUUAAUGGGAAUCUUCAUGCUGCUGGUGGUGGUGCUGAAUUUGGUGUCUUCCCAGAAGGAGGUCUCCACUGAGACAACAUUGGCUCAGGCCUCGAAGCCCACGCAGGUGUCCGUGCCCCCAGUGGAGGCGACGUCAUCUUCAGCCCCGCAAGCAAACAGUAACGUAUCAAAUUCAUCAACUACUACAACAACUAGUACGACCACAACCACUACAACUGUUAAACCAGCGACAAGUGCUGCACCCCCAAUUAUAAGCAAUGUCAGCUCCACGACAGCCUCAGCAGAUCCAGUGUUGCCUGACAAAGGAGCCGCUGAGGAUGAGCACAACAGUUCGAUGGCAAUAUUCUUCGUGCUCUGCGUGUUGGCUCUGGGAAUCUUGCUGAUCCAUCUGAUGCUGCACACUGGAUUCCAAUACGUUCCCGAGAGCAUAGUCAUAGUGUUCCUUGGAGCUCUGAUUGGACUCGUUAUGAACGCCCUAUCGGAUAGGAACAUAAGCAAUUGGCGAAAAGAAGAGGCGUUCUCUCCGACAGCUUUCUUUUUAGUGUUAUUACCACCAAUUAUCUUCGAAUCAGGGUACAAUUUGCACAAGGGCAAUUUCUUCCAGAACAUCGGAUCCAUACUGGUUUUCGCGAUAAUUGGCACCACGAUAUCAGCCUUCGUCAUCGGUUUCGGAAUUUACUUUCUGGGGAUCGCGGAUGUCGUUUACAAGUUGAGCUUCUUGGAGUCUUUCGCUUUCGGAUCGUUGAUCUCCGCUGUGGAUCCGGUGGCCACUGUUGCUAUUUUCCACGCUCUGAACGUUGAUCCCGUCCUCAACAUGCUGGUCUUUGGUGAGAGCAUCUUGAACGAUGCCAUAGCUAUUGUACUGACGACAGCCGUUUUGGAAUCGAACGAUCCGGUCACGUCGACCGGAGAGGCCAUCAUCAUCGGGAUCAACAGAUUCUGCUUGAUGUUCUUCGCUUCGGCUGGAAUCGGAGUGGUCUUCGCGUUGGUGAGCGCUCUACUUUUGAAGCACGUCGAUUUAAGGAAGAAUCCUUCUCUGGAAUUCGGCAUGAUGCUCGUCUUCACGUACGGCCCUUACGUCCUCGCUGAAGGAAUCCAUCUGUCUGGGAUCAUGGCUAUAUUGUUCUGCGGCAUCGUCAUGUCCCAUUACACGCAUUACAAUUUAUCGACCGUCACGCAGAUCACGAUGCAGCAGACUCUGAGGACGUUGAGUUUCAUCGCGGAGACUUGCGUCUUCGCCUACCUGGGUUUGGCCCUGUUCAGCUUCAAGCAUCGCACCGAACCCGCUCUGAUCAUCUGGAGUUUCAUCCUGUGUCUGAUCGGGAGAGCGUGCAACAUCUUCCCCUUGGCAAUACUCUGCAACAAGUUCAGGGAGCAUCAGAUCACCAAGAAGAUGAUGUUCAUCAUGUGGUUCAGCGGGCUUCGCGGUGCAAUCUCGUACGCCCUUUCCCUUCAUCUGAACUUCAGCGACGAAACGAGGCACGUCAUCAUCACCACCACGCUGAUCAUCGUGCUGAUAACGACGUUGGUCUUCGGUGGAUCAACGAUGCCUCUUCUGAAAUUCAUGCAAGCCACGAAGAAUCCGUCGAGGAGGCUCAGGAAAAAGAAGAAGGAUAGGGAGGUCACUCUGAGCAAGACCCGGGAAUGGGGACAGGCCAUAGACUCGGAGCACUUAUCCGAAACCACUGAAGGCGAAAUGGAGGUCUCUUUCAUCUCUUCGAGGAUCAAAGGCUUCGCCAAAUACGAUCUUAAAUAUUUCAUACCGUUCUUCACCAGGAGAUUCACCCAACAGGAAUUGAAAGACUGCAAAAGCCAGAUGACCGAUCUGACGAACCAAUGGUAUCAGGCGAUUCGAAUAUCCCCGGACCAAUCAGACGAGGAACAGCAGGUGAACACGCCUCGCUCCAGCAUCUCCAGCAUCAUCCCCAGCGCAGUUCACUGACAAAAGAUGGGAAGUGGUGGAGGAGGCGAGAACGAAAACUCGCCUUUGGUCAUGAGGUUCUAAAUAGCUAAAUUUCACACCAAAAAAAAUCAAUAAAACACAAAAAAAUAACAAAGAAAAAGACAAAUAUACACACGUUUUCAUACGCAUCCCCCAAAAAUGAAUAUAUUAAUAUAUCCGAGUGUGUAUAGAAAACAAAACAAUAUAAGCUAUAUACUAAUAUAUAUAUUUAUUUAACUUAGCACAAUGAUUAAGCAUGAGGGUAAAUGUUGUUUCCUUUUCGUUUUUAACGCCGACUUGUCGGCUUCAACUAAUAAUCGUAUUAUUAAUAGUAAAAACAACAUAUGUACACUAUAUAUAUAUAGAUAUAUGAUAUACACUACUGUUUCUACUUAAAAAACGUACAUAUUUAAAAAAAACGGAUUUAAAAGAUGGUAUUUAUUAUAC